AUGUAUGAAAAUUCAACAAAAGAUGUUACAAACAUUUUGUAUAAUUUCUUACAGUUUGGAAACACUUGCUACAGUAAUUCAGUACUUCAAGCUUUAUAUUUUUGUAAGCCUUUUAGGGAGAAAGUUUUAGAGUACAAAGCGAAAAAUAAAAGGUCGAAAGAAACAUUACUUACAUGUUUAGCUGACUUAUUUUAUUCGAUUGCUACUCAAAAGAAAAAAGUAGGAUCAAUUGCUCCUAAAAAAUUUAUCGCAAGGCUGAGAAAAGAAAAAGAAGAAUUUGACAAUUAUAUGCAACAAGAUGCCCAUGAGUUUUUUAACUUUUUGGUAAAUCACAUAAAUGAAAUUAUUUUGGCGGAAAGACAUCAAAUCACCUCGAAUAAAUCAAAUAGUAAAGGAACAAGUAUUAAUAUAAUUACAAAUAAUUCCGGUGAUUCAGGGUCUACAGAGCCGACAUGGGUCCAUGAGAUUUUCAAGGAAUUCUUACCAGUAAGCAGCAAAGAUGAAGAUUUUUUCGAUCUACAAGUUGAUAUUGAUCAAAACACAUCAAUAACUCAUUGUUUAAAAUGCUUUAGCAAUACAGAGACUUUGUGCGGUGAUAAUAAAUUUAAAUGUGACAAUUGUAGUUCAUAUCAAGAAGCCCAGAAGAGAAUGAGAGUGAAAAAACUACCAAUGAUUUUAGCGCUUCACUUAAAAAGAUUUAAGUACAUGGAGCAAUAUAAUAGACACAUCAAAGUGUCACAUAGAGUUGUUUUCCCUUUAGAAUUAAGAUUAUUUAAUACGUCCGAUGAUGCUGUAAAUCCAGAUAGACUGUAUGAUCUGGUUGCUGUAGUUAUACACUGUGGUUCUGGACCCAACAGGGGUCAUUAUAUUAGUAUAGUCAAAAGCCAUGGGUUUUGGUUAUUGUUUGAUGAUGACAUGGUUGAUAAAAUUGAUGCUUCCACAAUAGAAGAUUUUUAUGGUUUAACUUCGGAUAUUCAAAAGUCAUCAGAAACUGGAUACAUUCUUUUUUAUCAAUCACGGGAUGUCACUUGUUGA